CCCAAACAAGUAUGUAUGUUUGUUUUUUGAAGAGUUCAAUUGAUAUUUGCAGAGAACGACGAAACGCGAGAAGCACGUAGCUGAAGUGGAACCACCAGAUCUCUUUCUCUCCGACGAUGGAGUUUUCCGUUUCCGUUAUUUGCACCUUCCUCUUCUUCUUCUUCUCUCUCUUAUCUCCUCAAGCUAGGGGAGAAGCUUCUGGUUCCGUUUUCUUCAUCGAUAGUUCAACUAAUCAAUUCCUUCGUACUAGAUCAUCCAACGAUGAGAAGCCUUCGAUUUUGCUUCAAGAAGUUGGUGCUGCUGUGCCAAUCUUGCUUGGUUUUGCACCUCCAUCCACCCUUUCAGCAUCCAGCUCAUCCAAGUUGAACGAGGUUUUGACUCCUAAUCCAUUCAAUAGGCCCCGUGCUGUGUUUUUACUGGAAGUGAAUGGAAUCAAUGGUCUUGAAAAAACUGUCCAGGAUAAUGUGAUGUUCAGCAAGUCAUCGUGGGAUACAAAUGUUGUUGCUUCAGAUAAAGUUGACAUUCAACUUCCAGAUGAGAAUGAUGUUUCUGUCCAUUCUUUGGACGAGCAAUUGGAAAAAUUCACCGACAAAGAAAUUAGUGAUUUUUCAUCAUUGAUUGGUGGAUCAUAUGCCACUGAUGCCCUAGAGCCAUUAAAUGGAGUGCUUACCAUUCCUCUGGUAAAUGGUGCCUCGGUGAAUCUCCAUAUGUCAAAGAAAGCAGAAAGAAAGUUCGUGAUAGGUCUUUUGUCUCUCGCUCAAAAUGUCAAAAGGGCAAUUCAAAUACAUCAAGAAUUAUCGCAUAGUAGAUUAAGUCCAGCUGAGUUAUUAACAGGAUCCUUCAAUAGCAUUAAGGUUUUGCAAGAGCAGGAAGAAGCUGAAGCUAUUGCUCAGCAUGGAGUUGAAUUGUUACUUGUAACUUUGACAAAGAUAUUUGGCUCAUUGCAAGAAGCAUACAAAGGUCAAAUUGUUGGAAUUAUCUAUUGUCAAACGGCCACACCUCAAGAGUCUGGCAAGAAGUUUGAUGUGAUCUUUACUCCUCCUCAUUACCAUGCGGCGCGGUGGUUGGAAGAAGUAAAUUCACUGAAUACAACAAUUGCAGAAGUGGCACUCGUUAGAAGAACCCUUGCCUGGAUAACAGGAAUAAUUUUGCUUGUUUCAACUCUUAUGGGGACAUGUUACCUCUUGUAUAUGCCAAUCACAAGGGACACACUUCUCUAUUCUAAUGUCAAGCUUGAUUAGGCAUGGAAACAAACAUACGAUACAAAUCUUUUUUGCCAAACCAGGGACGACCGGGCGGCCGUUGAACCUUUUGAUUGGGGGGUUUUAUCUACAUACCUCUAAUCUGUGUGCAUUAUUAUAUUUAUUGCUGUUAAUGGAUCAGUGUAGCCAAUUUCUUACAUUCAUCGUGUAUUGGAAACUUGUUCAAUUAGGAUUUAGGUCAUCAAAGUACGGAUAUUAUGCCCCUUGCUCAGGACUUGGAUAGUUUUUAUUGUCCUGACCAUCUCCAAUAAUGUGUACCCCCAUGAUUGAAAUGAUUUUCAAUAAUAGUAUUGUAAAAUAAUAAAAUUUCAUAAAAA